AUGAAUCAAGGACGGCUUGCCAACCCACAAUUGAAUGAGUAUAAGUUCGAGUCUGACUCAUCGGUCCGUCAGACGGACACCGCCCCAGCACUGGAUUAUGAGAAUGGUUCUGUCACUGCAGAAACUUCUCACGGCGAGACGCUAAAUGCUACUAAGCGUAGCAACAAUGAGAGGGGUCAAAAGUAUACCUAUACCAUCCCUCCGGAGCUUGCCGAAGCUGCGCGUGUGGUAGCUGAGGCUUAUCCGCAGUCGCUGCCCACAGAUUACGGUGUUGAUAUUGCUGCUGUCGUUGCAGAAUAUCGACCGUACAGACACAAUGACACCAACGUUCCCGCGCAGAAAUACCAGCAGCCAAAUGGCCUCGACGGUUAUGUGCACAGGGUCUCAAUCGAGGAUAGUCUUGAGACGCAGAGAACCAAGCUGAAAAAGCGUUCCACCACCGACUUCUGGCUGACGACUAUGGGAGACAGUGGGUCCAGUCCCUAUGCUCCGGAUGGCUAUAAGGUAUGGAGAAAUGUUCUGGAUUACGGUGCUAAAGGUGAUGGCAUCACUGAUGACACUGCCGCAAUCAACAGAGCCAUUUCAGAUGGAGGAAGAUGUGGUGCAGACUGUGGUUCAAGCACAAUCUAUCCUGCGUUUGUUUACUUUCCCUCGGGGACGUAUCUCGUCAGCUCCCCCAUUAUCCAGUAUUACAAUACUGAGUUUUAUGGAAAUUCUUUUGACUACCCCACUAUAUUGGCAGCCUCGAGCUUCGUUGGUCUAGGAGUUAUCACGUCAGAUGUCUAUACUGGUGAUGAUACCGAGUGGUAUGUCAAUCAGAACAAUUUCCUGAGAUCUAUCCGAAAUUUCCGAAUGGAUAUCACUCGCACCGACCCAAACGCGUACGUCUGCGCUAUUCAUUGGCAAGUAGCACAAGGAACAUCUCUUGAAAAUAUUGAAUUCUAUAUGAUGCAGGACGGCGUCACCACGCAACAGGGUAUCUACAUGGAGAAUGGAAGCGGUGGGUUUCUUACCAACCUAACUUUCGUUGGUGGUAACUUUGGAGCAUACUUUGGUAAUCAGCAAUUCACUACGACACACAUAAUGUUCCUAAACUGCAAGACAGCCAUACAGGUCCAUUGGGAUUGGGCGUGGACAAUGCAGGAUGUGUUUAUCAACAAUUGCACUAACGGUGUCGUCAUAGUUGGCGGGGCUGGGGGGCCAAAGAGUACCGGGCAGUCUGUUGGCUCUCUUAUCUUGGUUGAUGCUGUCAUUGCAAACACUCAAACCGGAAUCGUGACCACGCUUCUAGCGGAGAAUUCAACCUCCUUCUUGCUUCAAGGGACAGCAUUCCUUAACGUUGAAACGGCGAUCCUAGACAAUUCCCAAGGCAAGACCCUAAUGGCCGGUGGGUGGUAUCGAACGGUCGAGUCCUGGGGUUUCGGGAGAGUUGCAAGCUCAAGCGCCAAUAGCACAUUCUACAAUGGCCAGGAUAUUCCCAGCAUGAAUCGAAGUUCUUCUUUGACGGAGGAAUACAGCUACGUUCUUCCGAACAUCUUCAUACGCGACCGGCCAACCUACAGAGAUGUGGGCAUGAGUCAAGUGAUUAAUGUCAAGGCCUGGGGUGCAGCGGGAGAUGGCAAGACUGAUGAUACUGCGGUCUUGAACAGUAUCCUAGAUCGAGCGGCAAACAUGUCCUCAAUCGUCUUCUUUCCUUACGGAAUUUAUAUUAUCAGAGACACCCUGCACGUCCCUGUAAACUCUCGGAUUAUCGGUCAAGUGUGGUCUCAGAUUAUGGCUACUGGCCAAAAGUUCCAAGACGAACAGAAUCCACAUGUCGCGGUCCAGGUUGGGCGCCCGGGUGAAAAAGGCAUUAUUGAAAUUCAAAGCCUGUUAUUCACAGUGUCUGGUCCAACAGCCGGAGCAAUUUUAAUGGAAUGGAACGUUCGUCAAACCCUUCAGGGCUCAGCGGGAAUGUGGGAUUCGCAUUUUCGAGUUGGAGGAGCCAUUGGCUCUGACUUACAAGCCACUCAAUGCCCAAAAGGCCUAGGAAUGGUUAUGCCGGAUUGUGUCGCGGCUUCGCUAUUGCUUCAUCUCACACCUCAGUCCUCAGCUUAUCUUUCGAAUAUCUGGCUCUGGACAGCGGAUCACGAUUUGGAUCUUCAGUCUCAGGAUCAAAUCGACGUGUAUACUGCACGCGGCGUUCUCAUUGAGAGCCAGGGUCCCACAUGGUUAUAUGGAACUGCUUCCGAACAUGAUGUUCUCUACCAGUACCAGGUCUCGCAGGCGAAGGAUCUCUACAUGGGGAUGAUUCAGACUGAGUCACCGUACUUUCAAAACAUUCCCCCAGCUCCGAGUCCUUUCUCCCCUGGACUAUUUCCUAACGACCCUCCAUUCACUGACUGCGACUCGGAUUCCCAAACAUGUGCUGUAUCUUUGGCGUUGCGUAUCAUUGAUUCGAAAUCUGUUUACACCUUGGGAGCAGGUCUCUACAGUUGGUUCUCAUCCUACAGUCAGGAGUGCUUGAACACGGAAGACUGCCAGCAACGAGCGGUCGAGAUAUCCCAGAGCACGGAUACGUGGCUAUACAAUCUAGUGACUAGAGGGAUUAUCGAAAUGGUGAGCCCCGUCAACGAGAAGCCCACUCUAUCAGCAGAUAAUGUGAACGGGUUCAUGUCUUCUAUUCUGGCGUGGGUUCGCGAGGCAGAUGCCACCAUCGGCGCCAGGAAGUUUCCCGGAUUCCAGCUCUAUCAGCCAGAAUGGCUGGAUGGUCUCACCGAUACCUGCAAGACUGCUCUCUCCCAGAAGAUCCUCUGCCAUCCUUGGCUCCAGGCAAAUUACCAGGGCCCCGGUGGUGGCCGAUACAUCGAAAACAACACGAUGGCAGAUGACGUCUGCGACAAGGGGUGCGGGGAGUCUUUGAGCAGCUGGAUGGAUAAUGUUUCCAACAGCUGCUCCGACCAAGAAAUUGACGAUACAGAUCCUACUGCUGCUGGUGGCUACAUCUACGCGGGCUACAAUCUUACAUGUCUGCAAGACCCGUCAACCAAGCAUUACUGUCCAGAUGUACUCGUACAUUUCACCGAGGUUGACAGCGUUAGAUCCAUGACCCUGUCGGAGAUGUGCUCGUACUGCUUCACGACAUCUGUCCAAAUGCAACAGGCAAGCCGCUAUGCAGCCUACACUGAAGAUGACAAAGAUACACUAGAGAUUCUUCAUGAAGAAUGCGGCCUCUCCGGCCCAACAGACCUUCACAAUCCUCUCUACACCACAGAGGCAGAAGAAGCGCCUUUUUGCGCCUCCGGAAUUACGCACACGACUUCGGAAGGCGACACCUGUGACCUUCUUGCCGCUCGAUACCAGGUCGCGUCCGCAGCCAUCCAGAUCGGCAACCCGACCCUGGUGAACGACUGCAGCGAGCUGAUUGCCGGGCGAGAGCUGUGCAUGCCAUUCAGCUGCGAUGUCCAGUACACCCUCCAAGACAAUGACACCUGCUUCUCGAUCUUCAGGGAGCAGCACCUCAAAUACGGCGACGUCCGCAAGUAUAAUCCCUGGCUCAAUUCAGAGUGCACGAACCUGCAAACCACCCGUCAAGUCCACGGGAGUGUCGUUUGUCUCUCACCCCAAGGUGGCAGCCACAAUGCCACAGGAAGCAAGUCGAGUAAGCCCAAAAUCAGCAACGGCUACACCAAUGUGAUCACUUACGCGCCCGAUGGGGCUACCGUGGCCAACGGGACGACCUGCUACUGCGGAAAAUGGUACACAGUCGAGGAAGGUGACACUUGCGCUGCAAUUUGCAUCAAGCAAGAAAUCCCGUCCGGCCUAUUCCUCGCGUCUAAUCCGUCGCUGGUGAGUGACGACUGCGACAGCAGUUUGAAAGUGGGGUAUACGUACUGCGUCGGGCCGGACACUCAUUGGGACGACCCUGACCUUUGGGACGAGGACGAUGCAUGCUGA